GAAAAAUAUUGGGUAUAAAAUCAAAUAAUUGAUUGCUAACUAAAUCGAAGAUUGGUACAAGAGAUCAUCUCUUGUCAUAUAAAGUUGCGAAAGAGAUACGUCAAACUCGGUUCGAACAAUUUAAACAAAAUGACUUUGGGAAGAAUAGCUGGUUUGAAUAUAUUUAACAAAGUUCGGCAAUUCGAGUCAUUGGCUAAGCCAGCUGGUUUACUCGUAAGAAGAUGCAAUUUGACACAAUUUCCCAAACCUACAUCCAGUCUUGCAAAUCUGAAUCACAGUGCAAUUGUUAAUACCAACAAUUACACAAGAUAUCGUAUCUUACCAAAGCUACCUGCACGAUUGACAGUUAAUGCAACUCAGACUCGUGCAUCAAGCACACAUGGUGAUCAUGUACGUUUAUGGAUAGUGGAGAGACUGGUUUCUGUAUCAUUACUGACACUAUUACCUGCAGCACUGGUGUUUGAAAGUAAAUUUGUUGAUGGAGUAUUAGCAAUUGCUGUUGUCAUGCAUUCACACUGGGGGCUAGAAGCCAUCAUAGUUGAUUAUGUACGGCCCAUUGUGUUUGGUACAAUAAUGCCAAAAGUUGCAACUUUAAUGCUAAAUCUACUUUCCAUUGCCACUCUCACUGGUUUGCUUCUGCUUAUCUAUAAUGGUCCUGGUCUUACAAAAGUGAUCAAGCAAAUGUGGGCAGUGAGUAGCAGCAAAACCAAAACUAAAACCGAUUAAAUACAUCAAUGAUAUCACAGUACAGAAGUAAUUAUGUAUUAAUUAUGUAUUAAAACCUUUUUAAUAUUUAGCCUGCAAAUUACUCAGGAAUAAAUUAUUUCUCAAUCAACAA